AACUGUGGCUUCGGGCAAAACGCUAUGCUCAUGGAGGAAAGCAAGCUCACCCAAUACCGCAUAGUCGGGACUCAGGGCCAGCGAUAGGGUAACUAAUUAGGAAUUUCCUUUCGCCACUCCUUAAAUAAAACACAGAAAAAUGGCAAAGCGUAAUGUUUUAUGGUUUCAUCUUUAAAAUGCGGAGUAAUAGCAGUAUUUAUUUAAAAUCCUUUGCUCAACAUAUCAUGACACAUUCAUUGCUCUAAAACUUUCUCUUUCCCCGGUGCAUGAAUUGGAUUUACUAACGGACCAGGUGGAGAGAAUUUUAGCAUUAUUUUUUGGAUUAUCAGAACGUUUUUCUUCAGUGAUGUUGCUAAAUCAACAAAUGUUUGGAACACAAUAAGCGAGAAACCUUUGCUGGACUCGGAGGGUAAACCUUUUGCUGGACUCGGACGGUAAAUCUUUUGCUGGACUCGGAGGGUAAACCUUUUCGGGGUUUGUGGCAAACUUUUGUGCGCUCUCUUCUCCCUGGAUUGGUCUCUCUCUCUCUCUCUCUCUCUCUCUCUCUCUCUCUCUCUCUCUCUCUCUCUCUCUCUCUCUCUCUCUCUCUCUCUCUCUCGCAGAUGUCGUAGCAGAUCGUCAAAUGUUGGAACCCCCCAAAAGAAAAUAAACAAAUCAGAGACGUAUCUGGAGAUAGAACUACUUCCAAACCUGACGUUUCCAGUUUCGGUGUUAACGCGCGGGGAUACUGAAAAUCGCAAGAAGACGGACUUCGACAUCUUGGGUUUCAAAGAAAGGAAUGCAGAGCGUAAGAGGCGCGUGGAAGGAUGCUGUUUCUCGUACAAUGGAACUGAAGAGCACUUUAGCCGUUGUAGUUUUGGUUGUAUUAUUUUGUCCUACAUUCAGCCAGGAACUGAAUCCAAAGGGUCGGAAUGUCUGCAGAGUGCCAGGGACACCAGGGUCUGUGUGCUGCAGUGGCUGGGGACAGCUGGGAGACGAGUGUUUAACGCCUCUUUGUGAGGGCAAUUUCACCUGCAAGGAGAACGAGGUGUGUGUGCGACCAAAUGAAUGCCGCUGUCGUCAUGGAUAUUUUGGAGCCAGCUGUGACACCAAGUGCCCAGCUCAGUUCUGGGGCCCUGACUGCAAGGGAAAAUGUACAUGUCAUCCGAACGGCAAGUGCGAUGAUGUGACCGGCAAGUGCACAUGCCACCCCAACCGCUGGGGCGAGAUCUGCGAGAAACCGUGCCCAUGCCAGAAGGGCAAGUGCGACCAGGAGACAGGCAGGUGUGCGUGCCACCCCGGCUUCUGGGGUCCGCACUGCAGCAACACCUGCUACUGCAGCGUGAACUCGGUGUGCGAGCAGACCACAGGCCGUUGCCUGUGCAGCCCUGGUUGGUACGGCCGCAACUGCCGUGCGCAGUGUGUCUGCAAUGGCUCGCCCUGCGAACAGUUAACAGGCCGCUGCCAGUGCCGCGAGCGCCUGUGGGGCCCCAGCUGCGAGCGCUACUGCCAGUGCAUGCACGGCAAGUGUAACCAGGUGGACGGCUCGUGCACGUGCAAUCUGGGCUACAGGGGGAAGUACUGCCGUGAGCCAUGCCCCGCUGGGUUCUACGGGCAGAGCUGCAGGAACAGGUGCGGUCACUGUAAGGGCCAGCAGCCUUGCGAGGUGAUCAUGGGACGUUGCGUCACCUGCGAGAGGGGCUGGAACGGUACCAAGUGCGACCAGAUGUGUGCGCCAGGCUUCUUCGGGGAGAACUGCAAGGACGAGUGUCCGCCAUGCAAGGACGGCCACUACUGCAACCGCAUGGAUGGGAAGUGCUCGCACUGCAACCCCGGCUGGAUCGGAGACCGGUGUGAGGUUCGCUGUCCCAAUGGCACCUACGGCGAGAACUGUGAGAAUGACUGCAGUCACUGUUUUAACAGAGUCUGUCACUUUGCUACGGGAGAGUGCCUCUGUGACCCAGGCUUUUACGGGACUUAUUGCAAUCUGACCUGUGAGUCUGGGCAGUUUGGGGUGAAUUGUGCACAAACCUGUCCAUGCCAUGAUAAAAACUGCGACCCAGUGUCUGGAGCCUGCAAUCUAUAUCCUAACCAGCGGAUGGGUGUAAUCGCCGCAGCAACGCUUGUUUCCUUUCUACUGCUCAUCCUUCUCUUGCUGCUUUGCUGCUGCUUUUUCUGUGGCAACAAGUACCGCAAUAGUCUAGAUCAGGACAACUACACAAAUAGUAAGAAGGCCAAAAGAAUCCUGUGUGGGCGAUUUAGCCGCAUCAGUACCAAGCUGCCCAGGAUCCCCCUUCGGAGACAAAAGAUGCCCAAAAUUGUUGCCAGCCACGACCCUGAGAGCAACUUUAACUGUAGCUUCAUUGAGCCUCCCUCUGCUGUGGAGCAGCCAACCCCAUCAUGGUCCUCCCAGGAGUCCUUCUCUUCCUUUGAGACGAGCGAAGAUGGCCCCGUGUACUGCGUGCCCCAUGAGGAUACUGUAAAUGAAAGCAAUGUAAGGCCCAGUCCCAACAUCCCUGCAGAGAACAUGGUGGGCAUUAGCGAGGAAGAUGCCGGAGAAUACACAUCUCUCAAAGAAACGCAGACAGCCACGAAGCAGCCCAGCAGCGAUGCCAGCAAGCAGCCACUUCUGAAGUCUUCAGACAGCGAGGGGUCAACGAGCAGCAGUGAGCCAACCAUGGGGGAACUUUAUGCCCGAAUCACUCGCCUUUCCAAGAACUCGAAGGAGGAGGAGGAUGGGGGAACCGCUGACACCAAGGCCAACGACAAGCCCCCGUCACCAGGGAGGACCAAACCACGCCCGCCUGACCCAUCUACCAAGCCCAAGGUGUCCUGGAUCCAUGGAACAUCUGGAGCUGGUCAGUCAGAGAAAGGCCAUGCACCAUCCCCGCCUAAAGAAAAGAAAAGAAUCUCCAGUGAAGGUUCUGGAAAGGGGGAGGAGAAACAUCGAUCGAAGGAGAAGUUGAACAAGAAAGGUGAGCAGAAGAACCAAGAUGGCAAGAAGAGUGAUGGGAAUGAGUCUCCAAGUAAGAGCAAAGCCCACAAAGCUUCGGAUCCUAUCGAGCAUAUCAAUGGAGCAGUCCAGAAUGCCUUAAAGAAGAUUGGAAACUUCCAUUCUGAAAGGAAAGGUGACACAGCCAAAGAACCACCCAAAAGCCCAAACAUUAUGCAUCCUCACAUGAACUCAGAGGCUGCCACUCUUCUUGCUGCCCAGUUGAAGGAGAAGACUCAGAGCCUGAACCGUAACGACGGUCUUUCAGUGGGCAUCAAACCUAAUGGGGUGUCUACACCCCAGGCUAGCCGGGAGAAGCCCACACCACCCCAGAAGGCCAAGCGUUCUGUGACUGGAACCAACAAACCCCUUCUACCCACGUCGUCCAACCUACAGAAGAUGGUGGCUCCUGUAACAGACUCUUCUACUCCUGAUUCCAAAACCCCAGAAAAGCAAGCCAUAAAUGGGACCAAGGUAGUGGGGGCAGCAGACCCAACACCUAAGAAAACACCCAUUAAAAAACCACCAAGGAAGAAAGGCAAAGAUGGAACUGCAGAAACAGAACCCAAGACCACUCCAAAGACAGCUAUUAUGCCUCCUCAGAUUGUUAAAUAGACAGUGCAGUUGGAUAUUACUGGGCUGAACUUGCAGUGCCUGACAAUACUGAACGAAACCUUUGACUUAAUAUUUUCCUGCUUUGUGUUCAUGAUAAGAAAUCAGUUCAAUGGUUAUCAAAUGGAAGAGCUGCGUACCAGAUUUAUUGUUAUGAGGGUUUCUUUGUUGUUGUAUUUGUGUUUUAAUUAUUUUGAAGUCCGGGACGGGCUUGAAGAAGGAACAGUCACUGGUUCACAUGUGCCUUGAAAGGAACAGUUAGUAUAACUUUCAAAGGAGUUCAGCAGUUUUAUAGUUGUAAAAGAAUUUAAAGUAAUGUAAUAAGCUUAUUUUAUAUGUUUUAUAUGCCAGCAUAUCUACAUUUACCAAAGUGCAUUCAUCAUAUCAUUUCAGGUCAUCAUGUGGUCUAAAUGACAAUGAUUCAUCAUUAUCAAUAGGAUUUGUUUUUAAUAAUUAUCUGAGCAAUAUGUACAAUUAUCAUCACAUGCAGUAUUUCGCUCAGUAUAAAUAGAAUGGUACUAUGGUUAAUCAUAAUUCUCUGACAAGUCUCUGACACCAUUGUUAUACUCUGAGCAAAUACUCUCAUUCCAUUACAAUGCCCUGGGUUAUAUAUCCACAUAUUUGUCACAGUGUAAUGAGUCCUUAUGUGACAGUGUGUGAUUACAUCAAGCCAUAAAGUGGUAUAUGUUACAAAGGCAGCACUCAUUGACAAACACACGCUUAUGAGCUUUUAUCAGGUUACUGACUCAUGAGUCAGUUCUCUCAGUUUUUGAAUUGACUAUUCAUGUUGAUUUGUUUCAGUAAUGCAUAAAGCAUGUCUCUUAACUGUGGGCCACAGAUAACGUCAUGCUGCUGAUUUCACAAUGACAAGAUCACUAACAUUUUCUAAGCUGUUUGAUAGAAUAUCCUAGAACUCCAGUCAGUGCUUCUGGGUUGUCAGUAGUUAAAGAAGUAAAGACAGUGAUGGAGUUGGAAGUGAAGGCUUUCAUCACCUUAGCUCCGAUCAGAGCAUGUGGACAACAGACUUUGGACUGGCGAGAGAUUGAUAGACGGUGUCUCGUUAUAGUUACACAAACAACGUCUGGUGCUCCUUUAAUUGAGGGACAUAUAUAGAAUUAACGGUGAGCAAAUGGAGCUAGUGAUCACUUCUAACCCUGAGGCUUUAGCUUGGCUGUGUGUGUGUGUGUGUGUGUGUGUGUGUGUGUGUGUGUGUGUGUGUGUGUGUGUGUGUGUGUGCGUGUCCACAACUGAAAUUCCCAGAAUUGUCAGCUAUUCUCCAAGAGUGCAGCUUGUUAUGCUUAAUGUGCUUUAUGUAAAGAGAUACAAAGCUCCAGAAGUCCUCCUGUGCACCAUAACACUGCAGUAUCUUUACUCCUCAUCCACGGUGAGCUUACAGACUGCAUUACUGUUAUGGUUCUGCACAUGAAAAGGUAGAUGUUUGUCUAGUCACCAUCACUACACUCAUAGUUGAGGUACCACUUACUUGUUUCUUAAGCCCAUGUUUUAGAUUCGUUUGAUGUAUAUGUUCUUUCCGUUGAUGUUGAACCAUCUAUUCAGGUGGCAGUCAGACCGUUUCCACCCAGGUAGUUCCCACAGGCUCACCCAUAACAAGCUGACCACAUAAAUGCUAGCUAAAUGAAAGAAUGAAGCUCUUAUUCUCAAAUCAGAGCCAAAUAAGGAUGUUUGAGGAGGCAUUUGCAUAUAAUGUCACAAUUGAUAGCCUUAAAGCACUUGUAGGUUAUUCUCAGAAUGCACUGGGACCGUGCCCGCUGAAAGCAAGGACAGUGGGAGAGAGAUUCAUUAAAAACUGGACAAUAAUGGCGUUUUAAAUUGUUUUAGCGCUGAACAUCAGCUCUGGCUCUGGCGGGAGUGGUGGAGUGUUCUAAAAUCAAGCAAUAUUAUUGAAUUUGAUGUAUAGUAAAGAUUUAUACAGUCGAUCUUUCUUUAUAUGGUACAACAAAUGUCCUUUUUUAUAAUGGUUAUUUUUCUACUUGCCAAGAUAUUUUGUAAUGAUAUUGUUAUCUAUGAUUGUAAGCUGUGCUUAUACAACUUAUAUUUUGCUCUUUUUUUUGUCAAAUGAACUGGCUUUCAAUUUUGAUAAGGUCAUCCCCCUGUUUUUACAUUCAGACAUCAGGUACAAAUUUAUGUGUACAGACAUUUUCCUGUUUACUUAGAUGUGUUGUCGCUUAUUCACAUUUCUCUGUGGAAGGUAUUGUUUUCAAUGAACGAUAAAUCGUAUGAUGCAGAGGUCAGUGAGAGGUCAACUUUAUCUAGCCGCAUAAUCCACAUCCUGCAUUUCUUACUUAAUACACUCUUGUGUAAGAUGUAUGACAAAGAACAAAUGCUCAUGUUUUUGCACAGAGUAUGAAAUCUACUAUCAGCUACAGUAUAUGGUAUUAUAGGAGUUUGAAGACUGACUCUUUUGUUGGACCUGCUCUUUGUUCUGCCGGGGGUCUGUGUGGAAGCAGAGUCCAGGGCUCUCACUGUGGGUCUCUUUCUCACUGCCAGUUUGUUUUCAUGUUGUUAACGUGAUUGUUCAGUUACUUGCUUUUGAAAUAAAAACGAAACCUGUAGCUCCUGAA